AUGCAUGGGAAGGAGCAUCGCCUACGCGGGUGUUCUUUUGACGGGCCCCUUUACGACAUCUCUGGAUAUCUGCUCUCACAUCCGCUAGCCUUCCUUGCAGCUUCACCCACCACCCGGCAGGUGGCCGAACGCAUCGUUUGUGAGCCGCUGCUCCGAAGCACAGUGAUGCACCAAACCGGUAAAAAUCAGCUGGAGGGGGAGCUGUGGCUGCCGCACAGCGGUGCCUGGUGCGGGCAACUGUCAAACCUCAAGUACACUUUGUGGUGGAUUCGGCGACAGGCAGAUGCCAACGACGGUAAAUUGGCAGCUCUCUUUUUUGCGUAUCGUAGCUCUAUAAAAGACCUUACGGACGUAAAGGACCUGCGUGGCCUUCGCUUUCUGUUUAUCCCAGAGGCUAUUUUACUCAACAAAACGUUGUCCCCCCUUGCUUCGUGUCCCACAUUGGAGCACCUCUGGCUGCGCUCCUGCCGCAGUCUCACGCGGGUGGAGGCGUUGAGCCAUCUUCAUUCUCUCAAAAGCCUUGAUUUGUCUAGGACGGGGGUAACAGACGACGGACUUCUUGCACUGACUGCCUGUCACUUAUUGGAGGAGGUGGAUCUCUCCGGCUGUGACUUUAUUUGUGCUCUUCCUUUUAUGAAGAACAUGGGGUGCCUCCGCGUGCUCAAACUGCGUAACUCGGGCAUAACAGAUCGUGCCAUCUCCGCCAUUGGCGCCGCCACCGCACUGGUUCACUUGGACAUCGCUGGGUGUUUCCUCGUCACUUCCCUCAACCCACUUGGAGGCCUAAAAAGGCUUGAGUGGAUGAAUACCUCGUGGUGUGGGAUCCGUGACGGCGGCGUAGAGGGUCUUUCCUGCUGUGAUAACCUGGAAUAUUUGAGCAUGGCCCGCUGCUGGGAUAUUCACAAUGUGAAUGCCCUGGGCGUGCUUUCAAAACUUCAAGUUCUUGACCUUUGUGGAACAAAUGUGGAUGAUGAAGGCAUUGCGGGGCUCUCCCGCUGUGCGUCACUAUGUAGUUUGAACCUCAGCGACUGUUUUUGCAUUUACUCCGUCCGUACGCUGGCAGCCAUGCCAAGUCUUAGGGAGAUGGAUGUGUCCUACACGGCCGUGACCGAAGAAAGCCUCUCGCUGCUCCCAAUUUGGGUACGCGUUGUAAGGAAACCCGUUUGCGUUGUCUCACCUAAUGACUCAAUAACCUUUUUUAGAAGUCGGAGGGCACCCUUGUUGUCGAUAACUCCGUCUGUUGGUUGA